AUGCAGAUGCAGACGCAGACGCAGACGCGAGACGCAGAUGCAGAUGCACUGCGCCUUGCUGACCAAAAGGCCACCGGUACUUGCCUGACUUGGCAGCUGGCAAGCCCCCCGACCAACUUCUUCUCUCCUGUGCUUCAUGCGAACCAGGUCGUCGGGUCUAACACAGCAGACAUGCCUCUGAACCUCCAAUGGCCUUACCGGGAAUCCCGGGAUGGCCUCUGGAGCCCUCAAACCUCGACCUUGAACUGGACUGUACAUAACAUAACGCCAUACUGCGCUGAAUUCGUCAACACCGUGACCAAUGUGAUCUUUAUACAUCUUGGCAUCAUGGGUAUCCGCGACUGUCUGCGCUAUGGCCAUGACCGCGUCUUCAUCAUCUCCUAUCUGGGGUACAUCAUUGUUGGUCUCGGCUCGAUGCUGUUCCACGCCACUCUCAAAUACUCAAUGCAGCUCGCAGAUGAGCUGCCCAUGAUAUACACCACUUGUAUCAUGGCUUUCGCAACGUUCUCCUAUUCACGGCCCAGACGCUUGACCGUGUUGAUCGGACUCGGCCUAUUUGCCCUCGCAAUGUUCAUCACAGUCUACUACCACUUGUCGCAAAACCCGGUAUUCCAUCAGGUAGCAUACGCUUCCCUGACAUGCGCCGUUGUCUUCCGCGGGAUGUAUGUCAUGGAAGCCCAUCUCCGUCCAGCAUUGAAGGGACGAAGCGAGACACCCGCCCAUGCCGCACACAUCAUGAAGCAGAUGUGGAAGAUGGCUGCUACAGGUAUCGCUCUGUUCCUGAUCGGCUUUUUCAUCUGGAACAUGGACAACAUAUACUGCAGCCACCUUCGGAGCCUUAGGAGCUCCGUCCUGUUGCCAUGGGCCAUGGUCUUCGAGGGUCACGGAUGGUGGCAUAUCUUCACGGGGCUUGGGGCCUACUACUUCAUUAUCUGGCGAGUAUGGCUGACCCGCUGUCUCGAUGGUAGCGAGCGCGACUUCAUGCUGGACUGGCCUUCUCCGUUCACAUCCGUACCGAAAGUUGUCCCCAGGCCCGGUUCUGCGAGGAAGACAAUUGGUAACGGGCAUGCCAACGGCGUCAACGGGUCAAGUAAGAAGGCGCUAUAG